CCGUCAUCCGUGUAUUGCAACCACCAUUUCCACCAUGGCUACGAGGAAGCUAUCACUAUGGAAGCUUCUCUGCUGCCGUCGUCAUCACACUCUUUGUCUAAUCACUUCAUCAAUCUCUUCAUCAUCUACUUGCUCUUCAAUCGAACCCCACCAUUUCGCUAGUACAUCAUAUCGAUAUUUCGCUACACAUGGCUUCUAUAGACAUGGUGAUGGUGGUGGAUUUUUAAACAAGUACUCAUCAGCGUCAUCAUGUUAUCGUUCCUUUUCGACCAAUAGAGAAAAAGCCACUGAUUGUUCUGAUGGUGAAGAGCUAUCGGGGCGAGGAUUCUUUGAUUACGAAUAUGGUAGUGGCGGUGAUGCCGGAAUUAGCGGGCAAGUGAGUGUUGCGGCCGGCAGUGGUGAGGAGGCGAUUCUUCCAGUUCGUUGCUUGGUUUGGUUUCUGGAUAAAGUUCAUGAUCUCUCUGGCAUGCCUUGGUGGAUGGUUAUUGUAAUUUCGACACUAGCUUUGAGAGUUGCCAUACUUCCUGUGCUUCUUGUGCAACUCCGCAAGUUGAAGAUAAAUGCAGAGUUGGCACCAAAAUUGCCUCCCCCGUUACCACCACCUUUCUCAGGAAAGAGUUGGAUAGAGCAGUACAAACGCUUUCGGGACAAAAGGRAAGAAAUUKGCUGCCCUUCAUUCUUAUGGAUGUUAGCAUAUCCCUCUGUUCAGAUUCCUUGCUUAAUCUUGGGGACAGCAAGUGUCCGGCGAAUGGCACUGGAUCAUCAUCCUGGAUUCGAAUGUGGGGGCACUUUUUGGUUCCAGAAUCUGACUGAAAUGUCGCAGGGUGCUUCAGGCUACAUUUUCCCCCUGCUGUUAGCUUCACUGCAUCUUGUCAAUGUUCAGGUUUCGUUUGAGAAGUCUUCAUUGACGACCCUCCCAAAUUUAUUUGGCGUUCUAGCAAAGUAUUACAAGUCCUACUUGCAGUGUCUUACAAUUCCUAUACUUUUUGCUGGGUUUUAUCUUCCCCAGGGAAGUUUGCUAUACUGGGCAGCUAAUAGUUCUUUAACCCUUGUUCAGCAAUUAGCUUUCAAGCAUCCACUUGUUCGUGAGAAGUUAGGAUUACCUGACAAGUCAGCUCCAGUGGAUCCUAGAAACUCUCGUGAAAUGGAUGGACUAGAAGCCACGUUCACGGUCCCUUUAGUUAAAAAACCUAUUCAAGGCCUAUCAGUGCUAGAACUUUUUAACCUCUCUAUCAAACACCUAUCAAAGGGGGAACAAGAUAGAGCAGUUCGACUUCUAAGAUUGGCACUUGAAAAGGACCCUGAAUAUGCCAGAGUAUUGAUCGUUAUGGGGCAGCUAUUGAUGAAGGAUGAAAAAUUGGCCGAGGCUACUGAAUAUUUGGAACGUGCUAUCUCCAAACUUCUUCUCACAGGCCAUCCAACAGAAGUUGAGGAAAUUGAUCAUUUAAUUCUAGCAUCUCUGUGGGCAGGUGUGGCUCUUGCGAAGCAGGGUAAAGUUGCAGAAGGAAUCGUACACCUAGAAAGAAUAGCAAAUAUGAAAGAGCCAGAGGAUACGAAGAGCAAAACCCAUUAUUGUGAUGGUUUGUUUAUGCUUUCAAGUGCUUUAGCAAGCAUAGGACGCGAUGCUGAGGCGGCAAAAUAUUUGCAGAUCUUAACUACUUAUGAUCCAGCUUACGCUACAUACUUGAAAGAUCUUGAAAGCAAAGACAACAAUUUUGCAGAGGAUCUUGCAAAUAGCAGGAGAAAAGAUUACUGAGAGCACAUUUCAUAAAAAAGAGUUCAGUUUUCUCUACAAAGGUAUGAAAAGUUCAUUAUAAUCUGUCACCCUUUCAACAAUUUGGAUGGCAUAAUUGCACAAAAGUAUAAUAUAUAUUUUUAUUUUAGGCAUCAUACUUUCAAAAUACAUAAAUAAGACUGUUCGCUUUGAAUCUAGUAGAACAGGUACCUUGUUUGACUUCUAAAGUCAGAGCAUUAGUUAYUUUAGUUCGUUGGUUCUUGAUAAGGCACAAUAACUUUUUUGUACCUCUUGUUMUUGUGGUAGAGGCAAGGUCUGCGUACAUGCUACCUCUAUAUAAGAUAUGUUGGGUUGGUUUUGUUUGGCUCUUGCUAGAUGAUGUAAAUUGGCUAAUUUCUUUCAAAGCGUUUGACCAUCAAAGUCAAAUCACUUGUUUUGUUUUCUAGCUAAAAGAACUGUUCAUUGUUGAGUCAAAUUGUGGUUACUUGCAUACAAAGGGAUUUCUGUUGAAUA